AUGGCUCGGCGGUCGUCUUCCUCGUCGUCGGGGGCCUGGCGGUACCUGAACCCGGCGUACUACCUCAAGCGGCCCAAGCGCCUCGCGCUCCUCUUCGUCGUCUUCGUCGCGGCCACCUUCGCCUUCUGGGACCGCCAGUCGCUCGUCAGCGAGUACGAGUCUGAGAUUUCCCGAUUAGAAGAUGAUAUAAAUCGGUUGCAUGACCAGCUAAGAAAGGCUGGAGUUCAUCUGGAUGAAAAUCCAGUAGUAAGCAACAAGAAUUCCAGAAAAGAUUUUCUAGAAGUUGAUCCUGUCAAUAAUGAAAGGCGGGAAAAAGUUAAAGAGGCAAUGCUCCAUGCUUGGAAUUCUUAUGUGAAGUAUGCCUGGGGAAUGGAUGAGCUUCAGCCACAAUCGAAGAAUGGUAUCAAUAGCUUUGGUGGUCUUGGAGCAACCCUUGUUGACUCACUGGAUACGCUGUAUAUAAUGGGCCUGAAAGAUGAAUUUCAGAAAGCUAGAGACUGGGUGGCGGAGUCAUUAGACUUUGACAAGGAUUAUGAUGCAAGUGUUUUUGAAACGACCAUAAGGGUUGUUGGAGGUCUGCUUAGUGCAUACGAUCUAUCUGGUGAUAAAGUAUUUCUUGACAAGGCUAAAGAUAUUACAGAUCGACUAUUACCUGCUUGGGAUACAACAUCUGGCAUCCCCUAUAAUAGAAUAAACCUAGCUCAUGGACGAGCCCAUAAUCAUGGAUGGACCAACGGUGAUAGUAUCCUUGCAGAUUCUGGUACUGAGCAACUUGAAUUCAUAGCUCUGUCACAGAGGACUGGGGAUCCCAAAUACCAGCAGAAGGCGGAGAACGUCAUCACACAGCUUCAGAAGAUAUAUCCCAGUGAUGGUUUGCUUCCUAUCUACAUAAAUCCUCAUUCUGGGACAGCAUCAUACUCAACUAUCACAUUUGGUGCUAUGGGAGAUAGCUUCUACGAAUAUUUGCUCAAGGUCUGGGUCCAGGGGAAUAAAACUGAGCAUGUAAAACACUACAGACAAAUGUGGGAGACAUCAAUGGAAGGUCUAUUAAGUUUAACCAAGAAAACUACACCAUCUAAUUACUACUACAUUUGUGAAAAGAAUGGUGGUUCAUUGUCUGACAAGAUGGAUGAACUUGCUUGCUUUGCUCCUGGUAUGCUGGCAUUAGGAGCCUCUGGUUAUGGACCAGAAAAAUCAGAGCAAAUUAUGAAUCUUGCAAAAGAGCUUGCUAGGACCUGCUAUAAUUUCUACCAAACCACUCCCACGAAGUUGGCUGGAGAAAAUUAUUUUUUCCAUAUUGGACAGGACAUGAGUGUGGGUACAUCAUGGAACAUCUUGAGACCGGAGACUGUUGAAUCACUUAUGUACCUGUGGCGCUUGACAGGGAAUAAAACAUACCAAGAUUGGGGGUGGGACAUAUUCCAGGCAUUUGAGAAGAACUCCCGCAUAGAAUCUGGAUAUGUGGGACUGAGAGAUGUGAACACUGGUGAAAAAGAUAACAUGAUGCAGAGCUUCUUCCUGGCAGAGACGCUCAAGUACCUCUACCUACUUUUCUCCCCUCCAUCAGUCAUAUCCUUUGACGAGUGGGUUUUCAAUACUGAAGCUCACCCAUUGAGAAUUGUUCCAGUAAAUGAUAACAAAGGCAUUGGAACACCAGUCCGACCAUUCGGGAGAAAACAGGGAAAGCCUGAGUAA